AAAAUGGCUGCGUCCUUAGACGAUGAUGUUGAGUUCAAUAACCAGGAUUACUACUCGCUACUCAACGUGAGGAAGGAGGCUACUCUAGAGGAGUUGAAAGCAUCAUAUAGGAGGCUUUGCAUGCUAUAUCAUCCAGACAAACAUCGCGACCCUGAGCUGAAAAUACAGGCUGAGCAGCUUUUCAACCAGGUGCACCAAGCCUUCGAAGUGUUAAGUGAUCCUCAUGCUCGAUCUAUCUACGACCUCUUUGGGAAAAAAGGAUUGGAAGUAGAAGGUUGGGAGGUGGUUGAAAGAAAAAGAACACCGGCUGAAAUUCGGGAGGAGUAUGAACGACUACAACGAGAACGAGAGGAGAGGAAGCUGCAGCAAAGAACGAACCCAAAGGGCACCAUCAGUGUGGGUGUGGAUGCAACUGAUCUCUUUGACCGUUACGAUGAAGACUUUGAGGAGACGCCAGGGGUUGGUUUUCCCCAUCUUGAGAUCAACAAAAUGCACAUCUCCCAAUCUAUUGAGGCUCCCUUAACCAACACUGACACGGCAGUGCUCUCUGGUUCACUGUCGACACACAACGGCACCGGAGGGGGCAACAUUAACAUGACCGUUCGGAGGGUGACGUCUGCUAAAGGCUGGGGAGAGGUGGAGUUUGGUGCAGGAGACAUACUGGGACCUCUUAUUGGAUUGAAGGUGUUUCGUAAUAUCACACAGAGAUGUUUCUUGACAGCACAAUGCGGCUUGCAGUUUUCCCCCCGUGGCUUACGCCCCAGCUGUUCUUUGAUGACAGCACGCCACCUGGACCAGAACACAAUGGGUUAUCUGCAGUGGCGCUGGGGGCACACCAGUGCUAUGACGACAAGUGUGGUGCGGGACACGAAGAGCAGUCACUUCACCCUGGCUGUACAGCUGGGUGUUCCUCACUCCUACCUAAUGAUGAGCUACCAGUACAAGUUCCAAGAUGAGGACCAGACCAAAGUCAAAGGUUCUGUCAAGACAGGCUGGUUCGGAACGGUGCUGGAAUACGGAGCAGAGAGGAAGAUAAGCCGCCAUAGUGUCCUGUCAGCCACUGUCAGUGUCGGCGUCCCGCAGGGAGUCACAUUGAAGAUCAAGUUGGCACGUGCCAGUCAGACUUACUUGUUUCCAGUCCACCUGACAGACCAGCUAUUGCCAAGUGCCGUCUUCUAUGCCACAGUGGGGCCGCUGCUGGUCUAUAUGGCCGUCCACAAAUUGGUCAUCAUUCCCUACACGCGAGCACAGAAAGAAGAAGAACUGGAGCUUCAGAGGAAGAGUUCAGCCACGGACAUUGCCAAGAAAAAGCAGGAGGCCGAAUCAGCGGUUCUGCUGAUGCAGGAGUCUGUGAGGAGAAUCAUAGAGGCAGAAGAAUCCAAGAUGGGGCUGAUCAUCCUGAAUGCCUGGUAUGGAAAGUUUGUGUCCGACACCAGCCAGAAGCAGGAGAAAGCCAAAGUCAUUGACGUCACCGUGCCGCUGCAGUGCCUAGUCAAGGACUCCAAACUCAUCCUCACUGAGACUUCCAAGGCUGGUUUGCCAGGUUUCUACGAUCCCUGUGUGGGAGAAGAGAAGGGCCUGAAAUUGCUGUACCAGUUCAGAGGAGUCAUGCACCAAGUCAUCUCUGCAGACACCGAGCCACUCCGAAUACCUAAACAAUCUCACAGGAUUGAAAAUGAAUCUUUGAAGCCGUGGAGCACUACAGGGCAAUGA